AUGAACAAAUCAAAAUUAAACAAAGCUUGCAAAGAGCUCAAAACCUGUCUUCGAGAACACAACAAUAAGAUCUUUGAAACCAAACUGAAAAAUCUAUCAGCUACUUCAGACACAAACUACUCACUCUGGAAAGUCACCAAAAAUUUUAAACAACCAAUUAUUCCUGUUCCAGCUAUUAAAGAAGGAAAUAAUACAUGGGUCAAAAAUGAACAGGAUAAAGGCAACUCGUUUGCCAACUUUUUCGAACAAAUUUUUCACCCUCUGCCACAGCAAUGCAGUACCCAAGAAAAAGAGUUUAUUCACAAUAACAUAAAAGAUUCUUUAACAUACGGCGACCAUUCAGACACUCGUUUUUCUCUAUCUGAAGUAGCACUUGAAAUAACGAAGUCAAAAUCAGGCAAAGCCCCUGGGCAUGAUCAAAUCACGAUACAUAUGCUGAAGCAACUCCCACAAAAAGCCUUGAGAUUUCUAACCAUUCUGUUCAACUCCAUUAUCGGACUAAAAGUAUUUCCGUGUUCCUGGAAAAUUGCAAAAAUAAUUUUAAUACCAAAACCUGGCAAAGAUCCCACUCUGAUGGAAUCCUACAGGCCAAUUAGCUUACUACCCAUCUUGUCUAAAAUUUUUGAAAAAUUACUGCUUAAGAAGAUCCAUGCAAUUUUGAGUGACAAGAACACAAUUCCGCAAUAUCAAUUCGGCUUUAGGAAACUCCACUCAACAAUCGAACAAACUCACAGAGUUGUCCAGGAAAUCAACUCAUCUUUACAAGAAAAAAAAUAUUGCUCAGCCGCAUUUCUAGAUGUCUCACAGGCUUUUGAUAAGGUGUGGCACACCGGUCUCCUCUACAAGAUAAAAACAAACCUUCCAGCUAAUUUAUACCGACUACUUCAAUCAUACCUGGCAAACCGACAGUUUUUUAUUAAUAUAUCACAUUGCAACUCUCCUCUGAAGCAAAUAAACUCAGGCGUACCACAGGGAAGCGUUUUGGGCUCCACAUUAUUUUUAUUAUUUACCUCAGACAUGCCUACCACAGCUGACACCAACAUCGCCACUUUUGCAGAUGAUAUCUGCAUUCUAUCGAAACACGAAUGCCCUACAGCUGCGUCUAACGCCCUGCAACAGCAUUUAAAUUUAGUAGAAAUGUGGCACAAAUUUUGGCGACUUGAAAUUAACAAUCGAAAAUCAUCACACAUCACCUUCGCGUUAAGAAUGGAAACAUGUCCGCCCGUCUCUAUCAAUGGGGUUCAACUACCUCAGGUUGAACAUAUGGCAACUUUGAGCGUGCCAGCGCUUCACCCGCGCCACUUCUAUUCCUUGAGAACGGAUGUCAUCAACAACGCGCACUAUGCUCUCGCGCAGGAUGUUUUUUAUCCAGCGGGUAGCGCCAUCGUGAUCCAUGACCAUUUGCAGCAGAGGCAGAGAUACAUCCGAUUAAACGAUAAGAAUAUACUGACUAUGAUAAUAAUGAGUCCCAACAGGCGAUUAAUAGCUAUUUCUGAAAAAGGAGAUCGUCCAGGUAUAACGAUAUUUGACACAGUAACACUGAAGAAAAAACGAAGUCUAGUGUUACCGCCAGAAGCUCCCAAUAAGGACAUCGUCAACAUGGUAUUCUCUUUCGAUUCCAAGUACUUGACUGUGCUUUGCGAUGAACCAGAUUUCAUGAUAUAUACGUUCACCCUGGACAAAGGAAAGGCUGAGAGCUCUUAUCGCUGUGGCAACUCCACAGGAGCUGGAGGAUAUACACAGGUGACGGCGAGCACAAACGACGUGUGUGUUCUGGCAGUUGCCGGUCCCAAUUCGUUCCGUUUGCUCAGUUAUGCGGAAGGAGCUUGGCGUCAGUGGGGAUGGGCGAAGGCGGAACCGUUCGUGGUCACUGUGUGCCAAUGGGUAACCCCUGAUCUCGUAAUGUUCGGCACGGAAACAGGAGGACUGUUCUUUGUUGAGAACGGCGAAUUAAAACAAGUGUGGAAAUACGAAGAAUUGCUGAUUCUAGAUCUUAAAUCAAAGUCAGAGUGAUCCAAUAACAAAGAUUCUAAUUCCGUCCAAAUUUAUAAUGAAUGGAAAUUUAUGAGCAAACGACUUAUUAAAACUAUUGGACAUCACAUGGAACCCAUUUCAUAUCUUCAAGGCUCGGCCGAUGAUGUUCCUGAUCGCGCAAAUAUGAUGAUUCGGACACUGAUUACGUUUCCGCGUGGAUUCGCUUUUUCAGUUGAAAACGUCGCUCAUGUUUUUGAAAAAGACACGAAUUAUAAAUUUCGGAAGAAAAACGUCAUCACUGUAGAAGAUGAAGAUGCAAUAGCCAGUCGCAUAAAAACAAUGACCGUAAAUUACACCCAGGACGCAUUGCUAGUGACCACGUCUCGAACGCAACUGUAUUCAUCAAAAAUCUGGGGCCCCGAUGUUCCUCAAGUCCACGAAAACGUGUUUUCAAUUCUGGGACAACCUAUACAUCAAGGAGCCAUUAUAUCGCUCGCAGUAUGUGCUUGGAAACCGAUAUUUUUGACCUCAGGAGAAGAUAAGACCAUUCGUGUCUGGAACUACGACACGGGAGAAGUCGAAAUGAUAAAACGAUACGCGGUUGACGUGUACGGCGUCGCCCUGCAUCCGACCAGUUUGUUUGCCCUGAUCGGAUGUUCGGACAAACUGCGCUACUGUUCGGUUCUCAUUGAUGACAUGCGAGUCUUACGAGAAUUUUCGGUUCGGAAUUGCAGAGAGGUGGCUUUCAGUAAUUGCGGACACAUGUUUUGCUGCGCCAAUGGUAAUGUGCUCCAAAUUUAUUCAACUGUUUCCUUCGAAUUGGUAUAUACGUUGAAAGGGCACAAUGGCAAGCAUAGAGACGGCACACGAGCAUACACGGUGGCGAGCGAUGGUUAUUUGCGUGAGAUUUGCGAUUCGACCAUCAUCAGACAAGUUAUCCCGCGUCAACCGCAGCACGUGGGUCUCCUUCCUGGUCAAAUGCCCCCUGCUCCGACCAUGGAUUGUAUGGCGAUGGCACGCAGCGAUCUUAUGUUAUUCGCAGCAGGCACCGGCGGAUCGGUGUUAUCCAUUCGAUUUCCGCUACAGGAAGCCAGUGGAGGUCAAUGUCUGGAAUACAAGCUCCACAAUCGUCCGAUAGUGAAGAUGCGUCUAUCAUACGACGAUCUCAAUCUGAUAACAGUGUGUGAUGACGGUUCGGUAGCGAUUUGGCGCGUUGGGAAUUGCGAGGGACGCACUGGAAAGCUAGACAAGGAUUUUCGUUAUUGCCAAGAGAUACUGAUGCCCAAAAUCGAAAUGCGCGAAAAAAUGGUCUUCAUCACGGGUUUAGAGAAACGGAUGCGGGAAAUCGAAAACGAGCACGCUUAUCAGAUGCGCCAGGGAGACGCUUUUCAUUCGGAGAAAAUGCGAGAAGUGCAUCGGGGCUAUUGCGACGCCAUCGAGGAACUCAAGGAGAAAAAUGAGCAACUCGAAAUGGACCACACUCAAGAAUUGAAUGCGAUUAAUUCCGAGAUCCAAAAAACUAAAGAAGAACACGACGCCGCGGUACAAGAAUUGGAAGUAGCUUUCAAUGAAAAAUUAAUUGUCGAAUAUGAUAAAUAUUCUCGUUUCGAAGAUCGAACGAAUCAAAUGCGAAAAGAUUACGAAGCCAAACUAAAAGAUUUGGCAGCUCAAAUGGAAGCAGCUCUUCAACAAGCCGGGGAAGACCAUAUGGCUCAAUUGGAAGACAAGAACCUUGUAAUCGAAGAGUUGCAAGCAGAAAUUCGUCAAAAAGAACGCGAAUGCCAAGAAGCCCAAAAUCAAACUCAAGACGAUGCUGAUAGAGAAUUAAUUGAUCUGAAAACGACUUACGAAACUAAAUUAAAGGCUGAAAGAGAUAAAGAGGUUACACUUCGUGGAGAUUUGGGAGCACUGAGAAAAAAAUACACGGCGACUCAAAAGGAAGUGGAACUUACCAGAGCGCAAGUUUUGAAUUUCCAAGCCGAAGUAGAAAAGUUCCAACAAAUCAUUUUGGGUCUAGAGCAGGACAUUCAAGAUAUGAAGAAAGAAAUUGGGGAACGCGAUGCUAUAAUUCAAGACAAAGAAAACAAUAUUGCCCUUCUAAAACGGAAAAAUCAAGAACUUGAUAAAUACAAAUUUGUACUAAACUACAAAAUUAAAGAACUCAAAAAUCAAAUUGAGCCUAAAGAGCGUGAGAUUCGAGAAAAGAAAGAACAGAUUACUGAGAUGGAAAUCGAACUCGAAGGCUUACAAAAAGCAAAUGCGGGAUUAGAUCUGAAACUAGUGGAAAUGACUGAAAAAGUGUCAGCAGCCGAAGCAGAGCUUGCAAAAGAACAACUAAAAGUCAGGCAAUCGAACAGAAUUUUAACAAAUGUGCGAAAUGAUUUGCACAAGGCGUCAGGAAUUUUACAAGAACCCGCCAAACUGCGCAACUGUAUUCGGAAAAUGUACCAUAAAUAUGAUGAUGAUACCGAUACAGCAAAGCUGCGCCCACAAGACAAAGAAGUCCAUGAAGAAUUUUCUCGUCAACGUAUGCACUUAGAAACUAUGAUUGCAAAUUUGCAGAGAAGACUAAAUGCGGGCAUCAAAUCAACAGGAAAAGAUGUUAUUAAAAUUAUGGAUGAAAAUGUACAAUUAAUAGCCGAAAUAAAUUUUUUGCGAAAGGAAUUAAAAGUAACCCAGCACCGUGCUGCUGAUCUAACUGCUUUAAUAGGAGCAUCAGGUAAGGCAGUCACACCCAAAGAAGCAAGAGACAGACUCGAAAAAGCUGUUACAGAAAAAGAAGCCAUUGAAAAAAGAUAUGAAGCAAAAAUGGUCAACAUAAAGAAACUAGUAGACAUUCUACGAGAUGAAAAUACAAGACUUUCAGAGAAGCUAAAUGAAAAACCCAUUCAAAUUGAAGAUGAUUAUACAAUUAAAGAAGAAAUUAAUGAAAUAUUCACCUUUAAAAGUUUAUUUGAUUAA